GAAAACACACAGCGGUGGAGCCAGCCAGUGUUGUUUUUCUCUGUGUGUGGCAGGCUGGACGGUGGGGGUGAGGUGCGGGCUCCUCCAGUUACUGAUCUCUCGCCCAGUUCCCCUUCGACAGCUCCACUAAUGGCACCCUCCUCACACCGCUAGCUGGAAACCCACUAUGCUGACAUAUACUGAACAGCUCAUAUUUUGGAUCGAUUUCAGCAGUUUCAGAAAGAUGCGCGCUCCUCUUGUGCUGUAAACGGCGUGAAAAAGCAGAGCGCAGAAGAAAACACGGAAACCGGUCGGAUUCAACCAUUAGCCUCGUCGGGAAGUCUACAAAAAUGCCUGAGGUUCGGGACCUUUCUGAAGCUUUGCCAGAGAUGUUCAUGGACCCAAUCACCGGAGUCGGAGUAGUGGCCUCCAGGAACAGGGCGCCCACAGGAUAUGAUGUGGUCUCUACCACAACUGAUGGCCUAGAUGCUGACCUGUGGAAAGAUGGCCUUUUUAAAUCCAAGGUGACCCGCUACCUCUGCUUCACGAGAGUUUUCUCAAAAGAAAAUAGCCAUUUAGGUAAUGUUCUUGUGGACAUGAAGCUGAUUGAUAUAAAGGACACUUUGCCUGUGGGUUUCAUCCCGAUCCAGGAAACUGUUGACACUCAAGAGCAAGCCUUCAGGAAAAGACGACUCUGCAUCAAGUUUAUUCCUCGGGACUCCACGGAGGCAGCCAUCUGUGACAUCCGCAUCCUGGGACGCUCCAAGCAGGCUCCUCCUCAGUACACAUUUAUAGGAGAGCUGAACAACAUGGGAAUCUGGUAUCGCAUGGGGACUGUCCCUCGAGCCCAGGACUCCACACACACUCCAACUGCUAACAACAUUCAGAAUGUGAACUCCUCCUCCAGCUCAGCUCCAGUCCCAGCAGCUCCAAUGCCCAAACAUAUUUCCAUGACCCUCCCUGCCAGCUUCAGAGGGAAGAACACCACUAGACCAGACUAUGAGCACCAAAACUCCAACCUGUAUGCUAUUUCAGCAAUGGAUGGGGUGCCUUUCAUGAUAUCUGAGAAGUUUGCCUGCGCCUCAUCUGAUCUGCAGCAGGUGGAUCUGAUGGGCAUUACAAUCAAGUCACUGGCUGAGAUUGAGAAAGAGUAUGAUUACAGUUUCCGCACAGAGCACAGUGCAGCGGCUCGACUGCCACCCAGUCCAACGCGGACCUCCCUGAGCUCCGAGGCCUGAGCAUGCCCUCUCUAACAACACUCUCGCCUAUGGACACCUGCAGGAGAGACCUGUACACAGCUACUGAGAACCUGCCCACAGCAAACAGUGAUUUCCCACCUCUCCAAGAAAACUGACCUAGAAGAAAAAACCACAAAAACUAUGCAUUUUCAAAUUUCUGCGUGAUGUUGUGACCUCUGUGCAUUAGUUGUGCUAUCAAAAUAUAACAGAAAUAUUGGAACUCAGAGGGUCAGGCUGAAACCACUACUUACAGCAUUUUGUGCUGAAGGAAUAAUAGAGGGAUCUGCUCAUAUGAUUUUAAAAUACAUUUCUUAAAAGUAUCAGAGGUGUUGUUCCCUUAUGACAGAAAUAACUAUUCCCCAUCUGAAGGACUUCUUACAGCAAAAUGAAAGGAUUACAGAGGUACUUUCUUUUGACGGAGGGUGUCUGUUAGGCAUUUCCUAUUUGAAAUGAAUUGAGUCUGAAAGCAGAUGUCAUAUUUGCCUUCCUUGUUUAUGACACACCUGCUGCUCUGCUCUGAAUCAAAGCACCAGGGAGGCAUGUGUCACAAACACUAAAGCAAGAAAUGGGAUUUUUCUGUUCUGUUGUACUGGUGUUCUUUAUUGGGAAUGAUUCUAGUUGUUCUUUAGAUGUUACUGUAAUACUCUGGUGUGACUGUGAGUGCACUUUGUGUUUGGGGAUUUCAGUGUACUUCCUGUUUGCCACAAAUAUUCUGUUAACCACUCCUCCACUUUCUCUAAGCCAGCAGCUUGGAUGACUUCUUGAACCACUGUUACUGAUUAAAGGUUUGUAAAGCAAGGUGCAGGUUAUGCUGCUGCACAGCACAUACCACUGUUGUGACUGUUGGCAACUGUAGCUAAUAUAAACUGAGCCAGUUACCGACAUAUGAGUUUUGAUACUGAUACCAAACAAAUAUCUUUUCAAUACUUUACAUUUUUUUCCUUUGAAAGAGGAACGCUUAGUUUUAGCCUCAGCACCCCAAACACAUUUUGGUUGGUACCAAAAAAGCUGUUGAUACCCAGCCCUGAUGUCUUUACAAUAGAACUAUUUUCAUAGUUACUUUCUUGAUAUUUAACAAAGAUUUUGCAGCUCAUGUAUUGUCCGCAAAAGUGCUCUUCUUUUUAUUUGAACACGUGGGUUACAUGUGAGUUAACGUAUUUGUCGUGUAUACUUUUCCUUUUCUGACAAUGAUCGAGCUUGUUUCCUUUCUGCCCUUUUUAACAAGGCGAGAAAUCGGCAUGUGAUAACCACCAACUCAGAAACAUUUCAGUUCACUUGUAAUGAGAGUAAUGGAAUUUAGACACCAAGAAGGGGUUGCUGCUCGGUAUCUCAACUAACCUGUGCUGUCAUUUGUCCACAGUCUGUGUUUCCCAUCACCAAACCAAGACAGAGCAUUGAGUCCCUCUGACAGUAACUUAAGAGGGACAUUGAAAACAUUUUUGACUGGUCAGACCAUACACCACCAGCAAGGUGAUGGGCUCUGUGUGUAGUACCGAGGGUGGUGGGACCCAAAAUGGCUGUUUGUUACAGAUUUUGUUCUGUUUGGUUUAUUAUAGUGGAUGGCAGCAGAUCCAGCAUCAGUGCAGUGGAUGAUGUACUGACAAGAGGAAUUGAUUCAGAUCUUCUUUGCCUCUUCUGUUAAUUUCCACUGUGUUCCAUGAUGUCGGAGCAUUGAAGUGAAAGAUAAAAAUGUAGUGUAAAUUUUUUUUUUUUUUUUUUUAAAGGUCAGCAGUUUUCUUUCCAGGUUUUUCAACACAAGCCAUUCAGUAUCAGACACACCAGUGAAGACACCAGUCUUUGAUCACUUUUUUUUUUUUUUGCCUGAAGCCCCAAAUCCAAAUCUUUGAAGAUGACAAGCUGUUAAUGGUUGGACACCUGUGUGUAUUCUGUUAAAUGUCUUAGCCAAGUCAUAGCAAGAUGUCAUUAUGCUACAACCGUACUCUGAACCUGAAGACAAUGCUGCCUUUAUGAAAGAGCAGGGAGUAGUGAGUAGGACAUGACUGCUGUUGUGAUGAAGGCACUGGUCCAGUUGACACGUAAAUUACAUAAAAUACACAAUGUGAAGCAUUCUCGUUGCUUUGCUCAGCUUUGCUCAUUUGAGACUUGUCCAUUGUUUGAGUACUGACUUUUGUUUUAAAGUCUGUAGAAUCUGUGAUGUGCUGUAAUUGAAUAUAUUUUAAUUUUGAAUUAACUUCUAAAAAGGUGUAUGUUCAGGUUGUCCUUGCCUCUUUCUUAAUACAUUCACAAAAUCCUUAAUGUUCCAUAAAUGCUCAUUGACUCAUUUUUGUUCAUUUCACUAUUUCAUGCAACUAAUGUUACAAGAAAAAAUGUUUUAUUAUUCUGCAAUAUCAUCGAGUCAUUAAUGCACGGAGUGAAUCCUGUUGCUUUAUGUUUGUAUUUGUCUAAUUUAUUAGUCAUUUCAGUAUUGUGACCAUGUUGGUUGUCUCAAUGUUUGUUUGUUUUUUUAUAAAUGUAUUAUAACUGUCUUUUGCACUGCUGACAUGAUUGAUGAGCUGAAAAGAUAAAUGGCUCGUGUCCAUGUGAAGCUCUGUAUUUGAGCUGAGUGUAUCCGCCUGUUCUGUGAUAAGCUACACAUGUAUCAUUUCUACGCUCUAGUGUUUACCUACAGCCAGUUUUGCUGAAACAUUUAAUAGCUAACUAAUAUGGUGUCUGCAUUAACAACAAAUAAGAAUCCUGCUUUGAUGUUUCUGUUCGUUUUCAUGCAUGGUGACAUGAGGUGUCAGGGGUUUCAGUACGACACCUAUUUUUGUAGGUUAAUGAGUAAAAGUCACAGAUUUUAUCUCAUAAAUACACUCUAUUCAUCAAGAAUGAACAAAACUGUCAGUUGAAUUUGUAAUGUGAGGGAAUUUCAUUAAAUUUUGAUGAACUAAA